CGGGCGCAAGGCCCCCGCCGCCGCUCCCCAGGGCAGCGCCCAGGGCCCGCCGCCGGCGGCCGCGGCGCCGCCGCCGCAGGAGCGUGCCCGGAGGAGGAGCGCCGAGAUCCCGGCCAGCCGCCUGCCCAAGCCCCACGACUACUUCCCGUUCGACGUCUUCUGCGGGAGGGGCGCGGACGGCCUGCUGCCGGAGGAUCUGGCCAGGGAGCUGCGCUACGUGCGGGACCACUGCAUGAUCCCGCCGUUCCCAUGGGGACAGGUGCACUACCACGACUUCCUCGUGCGCAACGUGCUGAGGGACGUGCCUGGCGACCUCGCCGAGCUGGGCAUGGGCCAGGGGGGCAUGUCCUUGUUCCUGGGCCGCCUAGGCAAGAAGUACCGCAGGAAGUUCCUGGCCGUGGACUCCUUCGAGGGGCUGCCGCCGCCCGACGUGGGCAAGGACAACCCCUACUUCCUGCAGGGCGACUACCGCCCCACAGAGGCUGCCGGCGACAACUACGAGAACUUCCUGCAGUACAUGAAGGCCUUCGACGUCGACGACUGCAUGACGGUGAAGAAGGCGUUCUUUAAGGACCUCGACAUCCCCCCCGAGUUUGAGUCCUUCUGCUUCGUGCACAUGGACUCGGACCUGUACGAUUCGGUCUGGGAUUCACUGGAGAAGGUGUGGGACCGCGUUUCGGAGGGUGGAUGCAUCGUGAUCGACGACUUCUUCCAUCCUGUCAUCAUGCGCAAGGCCCAGCAAGGGCCGUGUCGGGCCGGCCGACUUCUUCCGCGCCAGGGGCGCCAGCGAGGACCCGCCGCUGAUGUUCGUCGUGCCCAUGUACGCGGUCCUCAUCGUGAAGGGCCAGUCUGCCAGGAUGCGCUGGCUGGAGAGGGAGGACGGCACGCGGUUCCCUGCCAUGUACGGCCCGCGCGCCCUCGACGGGAACUACUACAGCUUCGCGUUGUGCCGCAUCUGCGAGCCCUUCCUCAAGGCCGUCGAGAGGUCCGCGGUCAGGGUGGCCGAGGCGGAGGCGCAGGCUCUGGAGGCGGGGCAGCCCGCAGAGGCCCUGUCGCGGAUACGCGCGAACGCCGAGGCCUUCCUGGCGCUGCUGCGCUACCCCGACGCCGGGCCAAGGAGCGGAUGCGACAUCAUGAGAUACCUCCAGCCGCUGGAGGACAUGUUCGACAUCACCGAGGGGAGCAUCAACGGAGUAAAGGGCGCCGAGAGACGGAUGAUCGAGAUCGGCAUCUGAGCGCCCGCCCCGCCCGAGCGGGCCCCCCCCUGUCGCCGCAGGCCUCGCCGUCCGCGGCCCCGCCCCCGCCCUCCCCACCUCCGCUUCCGUGCGCCACCAGGAGGACUCCCCCUCUCGACCGCGAGAGGCGCCGCGCCGCGCUCGACGGGCCUGGCUGGGAGCUCCCGGCCGCCGGAGCGGCCCAACGGCCGAGGCACCUGGGCAGUGGCCGGGGCAGGGCCGCGCGGAGCCCGCGGAGGGCGCGCCCCGCUGCGUGCGCGUCGGCGCGGGUCUGCGGGCAGGCUGGGGUGCGUUUCCGCCUCGCCCCACCCCUGCUGUCCGCUCCCGCUGGUUCUCUCGCCCGCUCCCCGUUUCACAUCUUUCUGCGCCUUGCUCCCGCUGGCUCGUGAAGGCGCACAGAAAGCUAGGGCCAUGCUGGCUCAAGCACCACCUGUUUUGUCCGCGCCUGGCCCGCUCUGCGUGUGCCCCGCCUUCCACUGCAAUGUUGUGAUGGUUGAUGGGCCCAUUAAUUGCCCAUCAAUGGUGUGCCACUGACACCGGCAAAGCGUCGGCGGAAAAGAGCUGCGGCAGUCGCCCGGGCCCUGUGGGCGAGAACGCGGUGGCAGCAAUGGGCCGAGGACGAGGAGGAAAAGUUUGAGCCCGAGCCAUCAUAUCCAGAGGCCAUGAAGAAGCAUGGGAAUACGAAGGAGGAGCACGCGAUGAAAGAGCGGGGGGGAGGGGUCUGCGAGAGUGUGGUGCGAUUGUCCACCCGGCGCAUGUCUUUAGAGUAAUUGUGUCGCCUAGCUGGUUUCCGGCUUAGAGGUCGUGAAAACAUGCGCGCCCUCGGGAGACUGCCAC